GAUCCGGGUCCCUCAAUAAUUUCAAGCGGUCUUACACCAAUGGUGCGGCGCACAUAUCUUGCAACUCCGAAGAGUCAACGGUCCGCCUCCCACAUAACAAGCCCCAGUUCAGCCCCGCGACUGAAUCGGCGAUCCGGUGCUCUUAAUCUUCAUCAGACCGUCGAUGGUCGCGUUGAGCGCCGGAUGCGCCGCAAUGGUCUCCGUGAUCUGCUUAACAAGAUUGAGCAGGAGAAACGGCGCAAAGAACAGUCCGCUCAAGCGCAAAUUGCCAAGCUCAAGGCUGAGGUCAGGGCUCGAGACAGUGAAAUUUACGACUUACAGAAUGCAACUGUCAUCAUGGAUACAGAACGAAUAUGGCUUCUAGAGCGACAGGUUGAAGAGCUCAAAGAUGAACUUACGAGGAAGAGCUCGGCUAAAGAGGGAGCCACUCAGCAUUAUAGCUGGGCGAAGGCAUCGAAUAAUGCAUCGAAAGAUGAUUUGAUGGACAUGACUCGACAUGAAGAUCAUUUCGGCAACAGCACCAUGUUACAACUGCAAGCCAGCACACCGCCAAGAGCAAGAUCCUCGUUUAUGACUCCUCCUGCAACGAGUCCACGUAUACCUGCAUCUCCAUGCUCCCGGGCUGGCUCGCCAACUCCCGGGUCUCGUGAUGCUCCGUCGUGUUAUCCAGAUUCGGAUAAGCAACUUCUAGAAGAACAGAUUGCAUCAUUGCAUUUUGAAGUACAUAAAUUGACGGCAACUCUGGACUCAUAUCAUGCUCUUGGUGAGCGCAUUGGCGAUGCGCUAUCAAAUGGCCCUCUAGAAAGAGGCAGGGCUUUCUCUACCCUUGAGGCUGUUGAGAGCCAGGUCCAGUUACUAUUACAAACCAUGUCUGACCGGGCUGCUGCAGCCUCGCAUCUCACGUCUGCUAUUGGUGCAUUGGGAUUUCCAGGCGACGGUGCUGGCGAGAUGGUUUCAUCGCUCGCUGCCAGCUUUCGGGCUGCUCGUAUCGAGCUAGAGUAUCUCACGCCAGGAGAAAUCAGGCUGCCGCACACUUCAAAUGGCGCAGAGGUGCUAGAUCUGCUGUUAAUGCACCUGAGAGAGUUAGUGAAGAAGUCUAAGGAAGACGAAGAGUCAAUUGACGGGUAUCAUGAGGUUGAGCAAUCGUUACGCAAACAGCUCGAUUCAAGAAUCACCGUUCUGGAUGAACUUAAUGACAAGAUAGCCGGAGUAUACAGCAUGCUCGACGAGAAAGACAAUCGUGUCAGAGAGCUUGAAGUUGGCAAUGACCGGCUUAAAAGCGCUGUUGACGGCUAUGUUCGUGAUAUUGCGGAGUUUGAAAAGCUCAUACAGCGUAUGGAGAAAGAGCACCAAGAAUCUACGAAUAUCCACACCGCUCAGCAGAAGUCGAGCGAAGAUUUGCUCGCAGCUAAAGAUGCUACUCUCUCUGAGCUGGAAUCCAAAAUUGAAGAGGCAGUUGUUCAAACCGCAGAGCUCCUCAAGGAGAUGAGCGCUACUGAAGUUAGCCUGACUAGACAAGCGGCUACUAUGAGUAGAAAACAUGGAGUGGCUCUCGCGCUUCGCGAUGCGCGAGUAUCUGAGCUGCAAGGUGGGAUUGAUAGGGUCAACGAAUCACUGAGGGUUGCACACGAGACUAUUCACGCUCUUCGAAUCGAAAACAGCGAGAUGAAGGGUCAGAUAGAAGAAGAGAAGAAGAAAGCCAAAAACGCCAUGGAUUCAAUGAAAGAAGAGCUGCAAAGAGUCUUGCACUUGAGCAAGAGUUUCCUU